AUGAACCAAACAGCCGUGAGCCACUUUGUCCUCUUGAGCUUCUCGGAGCGGCCCGGCAGGCAGAUACUCCUGGGCAUCUUCUUCCUGUCCCUGUAUCUUGUAACAGUCAUUGGCAAUCUGGUCAUCAUUUUGCUGCUUUGUUUCGACCCUAAGCUCCAAACCCCCAUGUAUUUUUUCCUUGGGAACCUCUCUUUUUUGGACAUCUGCUUUAGCUCAACCACAGUCCCCAAACUGGUGGCCAAUCUCCUCUCCACGACGAAGACCAUUUCCUGGAAGGACUGCAUGGCCCAGCUGUACUGCUUCUUUUCCAUUGGAAAUACAGAGAGUUUUGUGAUGGCGGUCAUGGCUUUUGACCGCUAUGUAGCAAUCUGUAGACCUCUCCACUACACAGUGAUAAUGAGCCGAGAAACCUGCUUCAUCCUUCUGGUCUUAUGCUGGACAUUGUCUUUUCUCCAUUCGCUCAUCUACAGCCUAAUGGCGUCUAGACUUUCCUUCUGUGGGACAAACGUCCUCGAGCAUUUCUUCUGCGACAUUCCUCCAAUUCUUUACAUCACCUGCUCAGACACCUCGGCGUUCAAGCUGGUUCUUUACUCCGAAGGGUCAUUGGUGGUGGGUUCCAGCUUUGUAGGCAUCAUUGUGUCGUAUCUGUACAUCCUGAAAUCCAUCUUAAACAUUUCCUCCUCUGGCCACCGCCGGAAAUUAUUCUCCACCUGCUCUUCCCAUUUAGCCGUGGUCUGGCUCUUCUACGGGACGGACUUAUUCACGUACAUGGGACUCUCCCGGAGACGCGGCGCUCUCUAUAACCAGCUCGUGAGCGUGAUGUACGCAGUGGUCGCUCCGCUGCUAAAUCCGUUUAUCUACAGCCUUCGAAACAAUGACGUCAAAUCAGCUUUCCAGCGGGUGCUUUUAAAGGCCCGUUAA